AUGGAUGGUGGCUGUUCUGCCCAGUUCAACGGCGGAGAUGACACUCAUGAUCCAUGCCUGGCUUUUGCGCUAGCCGUGCUCGGGCCCAGUGAUUCCCUCCUCGAGCGUUGCGCGCACGGCACUUUCCUGACAGAGGCGCCCUGCAAGAGCGACAUUGAUAUCCACAACGACAGCCAUCUCCGCGCACAGCCUGCGCGACAACCUGGGUUUUCCUCUGCGAAGGGGGGGCCAGGAAUUCCUAAACACAUCGUUGGGCCACUCACAGCGCCACCUGCUUCGACGGAACUUGCCUCGUUGAGAGGGAUUGACAGUGUCAAGGAGUUUGGCGUUGUCAUCUCCGCUGACCAUCGCCACGAAGUGCGCCGCGUAUCACCUCUGGUAGUGCUGUUUCAUAAGGACCUUCCGAAUGUGUGGCCAACGAGUGUCGCUCAGUUGUCAUCGAUGACGCAGCCGGAUGUGCGCGCGCUUGCUUGCAGCAGGCGUGGUUGA